UGGCCCAUUUAUAUUUAAAAAUCUCUGAUGACGAAAACCAAUCAAACCUGGCGUUAGCCGCGUUACUGUAAUUGUUGAUUUGAGUCUCUCUCUUACUCCGACGAGUCAUGUCUUCUGGCGGCGAUAGCGGCGGCGGCGCUGUUGGUAAGCUUUUCUUCUGCCACGUUUGCAGUCGGAGAGUUACCUGCUCCGAUGAUUCCGAACCUUUCUGCCCAAUCUGCUUCCAAGGUUUUCUCGAAGAAUGCAAUCAAAUUCCUGAACCUAACCCUAACCCUAGCUUUCACUUCAGCUUCAACAACGACGAUUCUUCCGAUACCGAUUCCGAUUUCCCUUUCCAUCCAUUCGCUCUUCUCCCUCUGUUGUUAUCUUCUGCCUCAAUUUCCAGAACCCGACCCGAUUCAGAGAGUUUCGACCCGUUCACUUUCCUUCAGAAUCACCUUAACGGCCUUCACGCCGAUGGUGCUAACAUUCAAUUCGAAAUCAAUCAUCCUUCUGAAUCUGAACCAGGUGGUCGCGUUCCCUCUAGCUUUGGCGAUUACUUUCUCGGUCCUGGCCUCGAACAAUUGAUUCAGCAACUCGCUGAGAAUGAUCCUAACCGUUACGGAACACCGCCGGCAUCCAAAGAGGCGGUUAAGAAUCUUCCAACGGUAACUGUUGAUGAUGAAUUGUUGAACUCGGAAUUGAACCAAUGUGCUGUUUGUCAGGAUGAGUUUGAGAAGGGUUUGCAGGUGAAGCAAAUGCCUUGCAAGCAUGUGUAUCAUGAUGAUUGCUUGCUUCCAUGGCUUGAAUUGCAUAAUUCUUGCCCUGUUUGUCGAUAUGAACUGCCAACUGAUGAUGCUGAUUAUGAGAAUCGUGGUAGUGAUAAUGAUGGCAAUGGGUUGAGGUCUGUUGUUGAUGGUAGCAGUACUGGUAGUGGUGCCGGCAGCAAUGGUGGUGGUGGAGGGGGGAACAGACCUGUCCACAGGACUUUUAGAAUAUAUCUGCGGUAUCCUUUCGGUGACUCUGCUCAGGACUCUGGUGAAAGGGGAUUAGGAAAUGGGCAAGAGGAUUUGGAUUGAAACUUGAAUUAUUUGGUGUUUAAAACUGGGGACUAUCUUUUGCAGCUCGGGGUGUUCGUGAAUAGAUUACUUGCAUUUUUAUAAUUUUGAUGUUUAUAGAAGUUUGUAAGGAUACUAUCAUCUGCGGCCAGUUACUUUGUUCAAUCAAAGGUCUUUUUUUACCAUUUAGUUGUUAGUUGGAGUAUUAGUUGGAGUAUGGUAUUUUGUGGCAGUAUACAAUUAUCGAGAUUUUAGGUGCUGCUAUCCAGUGUUGAUAGCAACUUUUGGCUUUUUUUAUUGUGUGUACAGAUCAUCAUAUUCGCCAAUUGUCCAAUGUUGAUUUUGUUAUCCUUUAUCUGCUC